UCACUGGAUGAAGAUUGGAUCAGCUGGAAAUCAUUCCAUGGGAAGCAGUACCAAGAGAGGGUGGAGGGUUGGAAAAAAAUGAUUUGGGAGAAGAAUAUGAGAUACAUUGAACAACAUAACCUGGAGCAUUCAAUGGGGAAGCAUUCAUUUACUGUGGGAAUGAACCAGUUUGGCGAUCUGACUCUGGAGGAAUUCAGGCGACUUCUGCUGAAUACGAGCAGGAUAAAGGAAGUUGAGAACUCAACUUGCAAAGUAUUCACAGCACAGGCGAAUGCUCAAUUGCCUCUGAGUGUUGAUUGGCGGCCUAAGGGCUACGUUACUGCAGUGAAGGAUCAGGGCCAAUGUGGUUCCUGCUGGGCAUUCAGCACCACGGGAGUACUGGAGGGACAGGUAUUUAGGAAAACUGGAAAGCUCGUUUCCCUGAGCGAACAGUACCUGAUGGACUGUAGCAGAGCUGUAGGAAAUGCAGGCUGUAAUGGUGGAUCAGUCAUGGCCAGCUUCUCGUUCAUAAAAGAAAAAGGUAUUGCUUCCGAGCAGUCCUAUCCGUACACUGCAAAGAAUGGUGAUUGUAAAUCCAAACAGAGCAACAUUGUUGCCACUUGCAAAGGUGUCAAGCAGAUCCCAAAGGACUCUGAAGCGGAUUUAGCUGCAGCAGUGGCCACAGUUGGACCGAUCUCUGCUGGCAUCGACGCAGAGCACAGAUCCUUCAUGUUGUACAAAUCAGGAAUUUUUUAUGAACCUCGCUGUAGUACUGUGAACCUUGAUCAUGGAAUUUUGGUGGUCGGAUAUGGAAUGGAAAAUCAGAAACCAUACUGGAUCGUAAAGAACAGUUGGGGACCAAGUUGGGGCAAUGAAGGUUAUGUCCACAUGGCGAAGGACAUGGAUAACAACUGUGGAAUUGCUUCAAAUGCGGUUUACCCUGAGGUGUGA